UGAUCCAUUGAUUCCAGAGCUGUUUUCGUUUACUGACCAAUUUGCAGAGGCACAGUACAAAUGGUUCUAUCCAUGCAAUCAGCCGUCAUUCAACGGAUACAGUAAUUACAAGCAAUACCAACCAAGGUGA